AUGGACUAUCAGCCAGUCGCCGUCAAGAAACAUCUUAAACCAGCCGCAUCCAAGCACUCUCCAGAAUCCAGGCAUUGGCGCCAAUUUAAACACCCAGUCUUUGUCAAGGAAUAUGCUCCAAUCACCUCCAUACAUUUCUCUCCCUCGAAACCACAUCGAUAUGCCGUGACCGCCGCCACCAGAGUUCAAAUUUACGCGCCCAGAACCCAGAAAAUCACAAAAACUAUUUCUCGUUUCAAGGACGUUGCGAGAAGUGGAAACAUUCGUGCGGAUGGGAAACUGGUGGUUGCAGGUGAUGAUAGCGGCCUCAUUCAGAUAUUCGACAUCAACUCAAGAGCUAUCCUCCGCACGCUGGACUCGCACAAGCAGCCCGUUCAUGUCACUAAAUUCUCCCCUCUUGAAUCCACCCGCGUCCUCUCAUGUUCAGAUGACAACACUGUCAAGUUCUGGGACCUCACUUCACAAACGGCAAUUUCGACGUUCGACGAACAUACCGACUAUGUUCGCACAGGACAGGUCUCAACGUCCAACCCACAUCUUAUCCUUACCGGUUCAUAUGAUGGCACAGCUCGACUUUUUGAUUCGCGGACAGGACAGUCCGAGAUGGUAAUGGGGGAAAGCAUCACAGCCAACCUCAAGGCACCGGUAGAACAAGUGCUCAUGUUCCCUUCUGGUACUGUCGCUGUUUCUUCUGCAGGCCCUAUUCUUCGAGUAUGGGACUUGGUUGCUGGAGGCCGGUGUAUAAAGGCCAUGUCAAACCAUCAGAAAACCGUAACAGCUCUCGCCCUCAAUCCUUCUGCUAACCGCCUGCUCAGCGGAAGUCUGGACCACAUGCUCAAGGUGUACGACGUCUCGGACUAUAGGGUUGUGCACACCAUGCGGUACCCCGCGCCAUUACUUUGUCUAGCCAUUUCGCCGGACGAUUCUCACAUCGUUGGUGGGAUGUCGGAUGGAACGCUGUCCAUUCGAAGAAGACAGAAAAAGGGCAAGGAAAUUGCCACAUUCGGUCCUGAAUCUCUUGACUUGAUGUACCUCGGCGAAGGCGUUACUAAGAGCAAAGCGAAAUCAAAGGCGUUGAAGGAUGUUGAUGAACUCCGUGUGAGCGAGAGUCGUCGACAGAAGCGCCUGAAAAACUAUGACAAGUACCUUAAAAACUUCAAGUACUCUGCGGCUUUGGAUUCUGUUCUACGAAAAAAUGUCCCGCCAGCAACAGUGUUCUCUCUUAUCCAGGAAUUGAUUCACCGGGACGGCCUCAAGGUUGCAUUAGCAGGGCGAGACGAUGUUCUUUUGGAACCUGUGCUGCAACUUUUGAUAAAACAUGUCGCCGAUCCGCGGUUUGGAAAUACUGUUUGUUAUGUGGCUGGCAUAGUGCUCGACAUGUACCGACCGGUUAUUGGCCAAUCUCCCUUGAUCGACUCACUAUUCCUGAGGUUAAGGAAGAAGUUGGCAAUGGAACUACGAUUUCAGAAGGAGCUUCUCAAGGCCAAGGGUGCUAUCAGCAUGAUCCUGACAUCUGCCUUAGGCAAUCCAGAACCUGUCGAUUCGGCAAGGGCUGCAUAGCUACCUACGGUACCGUUACCAUUGUAUCGCCCACUGUUCAUUGUUGAUUUGAUGCAGGUGAUAGUGCUUU